UUAUUAUCAUCGAGUCUGUUGGAUUUCAAUUGUAUGAAUAAGAACACAAUUGAAAUAUCUACUUUACAGCGUGCCAGACCGCGCUACCAGUUAGUUGUGUGCACUGUGUGGACUUGAAAUCAUACAUCAUGGUGAAAGUCGAUAUUAAAUAUACAAAGUUGUUCAUCAACAAUGAGUGGGUAGACGCGGUCAGCAAAAAGACUUUCCCUACCAUCAACCCUCAAGAUGAAACUGUCAUCACCGAGGUCGCCGAAGGAGAUAAGGCCGACAUCGACUUAGCCGUACAAGCAGCAGUGAAGGCUUUCCACCGUUACUCGGAAUGGCGGCUUCUAGAUGCUUCUCAGAGGGGCAGGCUUCUCCUCAAGUUGGCAGACCUCAUGGAGAGAGACGCCAAGUACCUGGGACAGCUAGAAACGUUGGACAACGGCAAACCCGUCGCCCUGGCAACCGGAGAGGCAGCUUGGUCUGCGCAGAUCAUCAGAUAUUACGCUGGAAAAGCUGAUAAGAUCUUGGGAAACACAAUUCCAGCUGAUGGUGAAGUACUCUCCAUGACACUGAAGGAGCCUGUGGGUGUUUGCGGUCAGAUCCUCCCAUGGAACUAUCCAAUUCCCAUGUUCGUAUGGAAGAUCGCUCCUGCUCUAGCUGCUGGUUGCACGUUGGUCCUCAAGCCCGCAGAACAGACUCCCCUCACAGCUCUCGCCUUGGCUGCUCUGAUCAAGGAGGCAGGGUUCCCAGCAGGAGUUGUCAACGUAGUGCCCGGUUAUGGUCCAACUGCUGGUGCGGCGCUUACCAGUCACCCGCAAGUUGACAAGAUGGCGUUCACUGGAUCAACGGAGAUUGGUCGCGUCAUCAUGAAAGGCGCAUCGGAUGUUAAUUUGAAACGCGUUACACUAGAGCUCGGAGGAAAGAGUCCUUUGGUUAUUUUCAAUGAUGCUGAUGUUGACGAGGCAGCCGAAAUCGCUCACCGAGCUUGUUUUGCCAACGCUGGCCAGUGUUGUGUGGCUGGCACGAGGACGUACGUACAGUCUGGCAUUUACGACAAAUUCAUUGCCAAGGCUGCUGAGAUUGCUAAGAAGAGGAAAGUUGGCAACUCUUGGGAAGAUGGCAUUCAACAAGGACCCCAGAUCGAUUCCGAAAUGUUCAACAAAGUUAUGGGCUACAUCAACGCCGGGAAGAAGGAGGGCGCCAAAUGUCUGGCAGGUGGUGACAGAUUGGGCACCAAAGGAUUCUUCAUACAGCCAACUGUAUUCGCUGACGUCAGUGACGACAUGAAAAUUGCGAGAGAAGAAAUCUUUGGGCCUGUACAGAGCAUCCUUAAGUUCGAAACAUUCGAGGAAGUGAUCGACCGCGCCAACGAUUCCAACUACGGCUUGGGCGCUGGCGUCAUCACUAAUGACGUCACCACUGCGUUGGCCUUCGUCAGACACAUCCGCGCUGGCUCUGUUUGGGUAAACACUUAUGAAGUAGUUACACCACAAACUCCAUUUGGUGGAUUCAGGGAAUCUGGCAUUGGUCGUGAAUUGGGAGAAGAAGGCAUCCAGCAGUACUUGGAGAACAAAACCGUCUCUUUCAGCCUACCAAAGAAACCUCGCGUAUAGUGUGGACCAAAAAAGAAAACCAAAAAGCAAAAACCAACAUUUACUAACCUUCUAAGCUUCAAAAAUGUAUGAUUUCAAGAACUGAAAUAUUAAUAUUAUAUUUUGUUUGUUAAUAA